AAAACUUCUGGCAUCACUAUCAUCAUAUUUUUGUACAGCUGUCAAAUUUCGGAUUACAUAAAUGUAUGAUAGUUUAGAAAAAUAAUUGAUAUCUGUAAAAUCCAGAUUUUCUCAUUUUGUUGCUAUCGGUAGCAGUAUGGCAUCGUUACUGCGGUCGCUGUCAUCAAUUGCACGGAAUGGAUUCAUUCGUCCGACAGUACUUCCAACGGUUCGCUACAAAUCAGAAACAGUUGUCGAAACAAGGCCGACGGUUCGCAAACCGGAUUUGGUGGCACGUUCCGAACUGACUGACUUCGGAAAAUACGUUGCCGAAUGCUUGCCGAAAUACGUUCAAAAGGUACAACUGACGGCCGGUGAUGAGCUUGAGAUAUUGAUUGCACCGGAGGGUGUUGUACCGGUGCUCCAGUUUCUGAAAGACAAUCAUCUAGCGCAAUUUGCCAAUCUUGUCGAUAUCGCCGGAAUGGACGUUCCGAGUCGGCAAUAUCGUUUCGAAGUCAUCUAUAACAUUUUGUCGCUACGUUAUAAUUCUCGUGUUCGCGUCAAAACCUACACGGAUGAGUUAACUCCAAUUGAUUCAUGCAACGAGGUAUUCAAGGCAGCCAACUGGUAUGAACGCGAAGUUUGGGACAUGUAUGGAGUAUUCUUUGCUAAUCAUCCCGAUUUGCGUCGAAUCUUAACCGAUUAUGGGUUUGAAGGGCAUCCUCAACGUCGUGACUUUCCGCUGACCGGAUAUGUCGAGCUGCGCUACGAUGACGAGAAGAAACGAGUUGUUUGUGAACCGCUGGAAUUAGCCCAAGAAUUCCGUAAGUUUGAUCUUUCUGCACCAUGGGAACAGUUUCCGAAUUUCCGCGAUACCAAUCCGGCUACCGAAGACGUUCCAACAGACACAGGAGAAAAGAAGUAGGCAUAGUUGCGGCAUCUGCUACAAUUUUGAAAGGCCGAAUAAAGGUUGUUAAAAUGUAAUUAAA